UUUUGGAAGAGAGGCUCAUAAUGGAAUAUGUCGGGCUUCCAAUUGCCUGUAAUUAUUCCCGGAGCGUCCGCAUCCAUUUUCGGUGUCGUUCAAUGGGACUGUGAAGCAAUUCGCCGCUUUUUAAACUUUUGCAACAAAAAGCCCAUAAUGGAUUUCAAAUAUGUUUCUGACGCUUCUCAAUAGCUUACUCUCGUGAGGCUGAUUGCUUGGUUUCUAGACCUCGUCACCUUGGUGGUGGAGUUGUAACGAUAUAUUUAGCCUAUCGCGUUUGGGGUAUUGCCAUUGGAGAAAGAGAAGACUCAAACGGAACAUCAAAUUGGAUUGCCAGGUGGAAGAGGGCAUUGUGAAGUGCAGUUGAGAUUGAGUCAUCUGUGGAUCUUUUUGGACGGUUCCCAGGAAGAUGCGGCUGUGAGCUUGCUCAGAGUGCUGAUCCUGUGGGUCUUCACCUGAUCGUGACCAUGGGGAUAUGGCCAGGGGGUGUCCGGGCCUGCAUUGCAGGCCAGGAGAACUGCUCUGCCAACAAUGAAUCCAAGGACUACUGUUACUCCGCCCGAAUCCGCAGCACCGUGCUUCAGGGCCUACCCUUUGGAGGCGUCCCCACAGUCCUUGCGCUGGACUUUAUGUGCUUCCUGGUGCUUCUAUUUGUCUUCUCAAUAUUGCGGAAAGUGGCCUGGGAUUAUGGACGCUUGGCAUUGGUGACAGACGCUGACAGAUCGAAGAAGUGUUUCAGCGGAUUGGAGGAGCGGGAAUAUGAUGCCUCAGCUCUGCAUUCUGAAGCGCCAGACCGCUAUGAACGUCUCACUUCAGUCUCCAGCUCUGUCGACUUCGAUCAACGGGAUAAAGGCUUCUGUUCCUGGUUAACUGCCAUCUUCAGAAUAAAGGACGAGGAGAUCCGGGAGAAGUGUGGUGAGGAUGCUGUGCACUACCUUUCCUUCCAGCGCCACAUCAUCGGCCAGCUUGUGGUUGUUGGGGUUCUGUCUGUGGGCAUCGUCCUGCCGGUCAACUUUUCUGGAGACCUUUUGGAAAAUAAUGCAUACAGCUUUGGGCGGACCACUAUAGCAAACCUGAAGUCUGGGACUAACCUCUUGUGGCUCCACACUUCGUUUGCAUUCAUAUACCUGCUUCUGACUGUGUACAGCAUGAGACGACACACUUCCAAGAUGCAUUACAAGGAGGACGACCUGGUGAAACGCACUUUAUUUAUCAAUGGGAUCUCCAAAUAUGCCGAAGAGGUCCACAUAAAACAACACUUUGAACAAGCCUAUGAGAACUGCACUGUUCUGGAUGCUCGAAUCUGCUACAACGUAGCCAAACUCAUGUCCCUGAAUGCUGAGAGGAAGAAGACAGAGCGCAGUUUAAAGUUCUUCACUGAUCUCAUGGCCAAAGAGCACAUGCCCACCAUGGUCAACCCCAAACCCUGUGGGCACCUCUGCUGCUGUGUCAUCAAAGGCUGUGAGCAGGAAGAGGCGGUGAGCUUCUAUACUAAGCGGGAGGCCAAACUGAAGGAGGACUACAGAAAGGAGAAAGAGAAGGUCAACACCAAACCCCUUGGCAUGGCGUUCGUCACUUUCCAGAAUGAGGCCAUGACCGCAAUAAUCCUAAAGGACUUCAAUGCCUGCCAAUGCCAUGGCUGCACUUGUCGCCAAGAGCCCAAGUCAUCCCAGUUCAGUGAAAGUCUCCACGUCUACAACUGGAGUGUGAGCUAUGCUCCUGACCCUCAGAACGUGCGCUGGGAGCACUUAUCAUUGGGAGGGAUUUCCUGGUGGAUUCGCUGCUUCAUCAUCAACUGCAUCCUUUUCCUCCUGCUCUUCUUUCUCACCACGCCCGCCAUCAUUAUCUCCACGAUGGACAAGUUUAACGUCACCAAGCCUGUGGAGUAUCUCAAUAACCCCAUCAUCACCCAGUUUUUCCCCACUUUGCUGCUGUGGGCUUUCUCUGCCCUGCUGCCGACCAUCGUCUACUACUCUGCUUUCUUCGAGAAACACUGGACGAGAUCAGGGGAGAACCGGACCACCAUGCACAAGUGCUACACCUUCCUCAUCUUCAUGGUCCUCUUGCUGCCUUCACUGGGUCUUAGCAGUUUGGAUGUCUUCUUCCGCUGGCUGUUCGAUAAGAAAUUCCUUGCUGACGCCACUGUCAGAUUUGAGUGUGUCUUCCUCCCUGACAACGGAGCCUUCUUCGUCAACUAUGUCAUCGCCUCGGCGUUUAUCGGUAACGCCAUGGACCUGCUGCGGAUUCCAGGCCUGCUCAUGUAUAUGAUCCGACUGUCCCUGGCCCGUUCCUCUGCAGAGAGGCGCAACGUAAAGAGGCAUCAAGCGUUUGAAUUCCAGUUUGGAGCGGCCUACGCCUGGAUGAUGUCCGUCUUCACUGUAGUUAUGACAUACAGCAUCACCUGUCCAAUCAUCGUCCCCUUUGGUCUGAUGUACAUGCUGCUGAAGCACCUGGUGGAUAGAUACAACAUGUAUUACGCUUACCUUCCCUCGAAACUGGACAAGAAAAUCCACUCCGGGGCUGUCAAUCAGGUGGUGGCAGCUCCCAUCCUCUGUCUCUUUUGGCUGCUAUUCUUUUCCACCAUGCGCACAGGCUUUGUGACCCCCACGUCCAUGUUCACUUUGGUGGUCCUAAUCAUCACCAUUGUGGUAUGCCUGUCGCACGUCUGCUUCGGCCACUUCAAGUACCUCAGCGCUCACAACUACAAGGUACGGGUCACUGUGCUCAAGAUUGACACCAAGGAAACAGAUGUUGACGUGGUUGAAAAUGGCCGCCCACCACUCCGCACCUUCUCCGCUCCUUCUACUAAGUCUCAGCAACCAACGUACAUUGCCCAGGUCUUACGGGACCCAAUCACGGAGGACGCUUGCACAGGUAGUGGGGAGGAAGAUCGGGGGUCCUCACAGGAUGAGGAGAUGAUCAACACUGGGAAUAGUCUCAAUGAAGCCGAUUUCCAGUCUGGUGAAGACAGCCUCAUAGCCAACGAGGUCCACCAGUAACACUACCAGCUGAGAAGGGAGAAAGAGAGAAAGAUGGUGAGAGAGGGAUUUUGGAGAGGAUGAAUGCCAGACACAAACAAACCACCAACUUCACUUUGUAUUCUAAAACAAUCUGCAGUCAUUCCUCCCCUAUGCUCACCCACUCUGUCACUUUUUUUUUUUUUUGGUUGUGCCUCUGCACAUUGGCAUUACCGGAAAAUGCCACACACACACACACGGUGUAAUUGUCUAAUUUGGAGCUUGUCUGUACGGAUUCUUCAAAGUCCCCUCUCAGUGUAUUUUGAACACCUAUCUGCGCGAUAUGAAUCUGGGUGUUGACGCCCCUUGUUUUAUUUAUUUAUCUACUGGAGUCCUACACUUUUAUGGAGCUACUAUGGAGCACAAGUCCAACACUGGUUUUCAUCAAACCCAAAAAGAUGUAGUCCCAGGAAGAAAAAAACAUACAAUAGCCUAGACUUUGUACAUAUCCCAAAAUAUACCAACCCAUUUUUGUCUCUCUUAUUGGGAAGAGGGGGGGUAAAAAUUGUGCCUGGUUUGAGUUUCUUUUCAUCCACGUUUCCUUACUUGUGUGUCUAACUACUAAAUCCCCAUCAGGGUGGCUCAGGACUGGUGGAGAGGUCAGGAAAGUUAGGCUACAAGGUCUCCAAUGAAGUCUUGCUCCAAGCACAGGGCCCAUUUAACUUUUAUGGGUCUACAGACUCACACCCAAACUAAACUUGGUUCAUUCUUGUCAACGUGCAAAGCACCCUGCAUUAGGUCUUCUUUCUCAUUAGUUUAUGAACAAAAUGACUUGCUUGUCCCUUUUUUCAUUGAUGUCUUCUGUUUGUCAUAAGAUAUUCACUCUGCCACUGAAAAUCCUAGUCAGUGGUUGGAGACACCAUCUUUAACAUGACGUAUAAAAAGAUGAUGCAGUCGCUCAAGUUCUUUUUUUUUUUUAAGUGUUUACUUCAUGUGUCUCACGUCACUGAAUGGGCAGUGUUGGAGGAUAUCAGGGCCAUGACAUCGGCCCUCUAUCGUGUCAUAAGACAUUCCAAAGACGGCUUUGAGCAUGGCAUGCCAAACAGCCAACCUGCCAGUCUCCGCUCAGUUGGAUUGUGGUAUUUCUGGUGUGAUUUGUUGUCAUGACAUUUGUCUACAGUGAUGACUUGUCAGUCUCUCUGCUCCCCUCCAUCCUGUCCUUCUCAGUUUCCAAAGGGUCAGUCAUGGAUAGCUUGGGGACUCUUGCAGCCACUGAUAUUGUACAGUUUUUUAAAAUGUUUUCUUUUUGUUUUUUAUUUUACCUCUACUACCUUAAACAUAUGGACAUCUACACCUGAAAUAGGAAGCAAAUGUUCUUGUCAGCGCAUAGUUCAGUUGUCAACUUCUACUGUGAGUUCUGUUCACCUUGAUCUUGAACAUUUGCACAAUCUUUCAAAAGUUUAGCUUGAGUUGUAGAUCCAUGGAAAAGCAGUGCUUUUGCACUUGAUGAUCUACCUUUUAAGCCUGGAGUUUUCAGCAGGCCUGUGAGAAGGUAUAUGGGUCCUGUCUGUGUUUAAGUGUGCACUAACAGUAGAUCAAAACAUGAGAACGCCAAACAAAGUUGCUAAGGAUUUAAACAUUAACAGACCCCCCCCCCCAUAUUCUUUAUUAUUCCUGAUUCUUGCAAUGUUUAUAUUUACUUACAGUUGAAAUUUGGAGAGGGGUCAACUACAGAUUUUAAUCUAUAAGUAGGAAAACAAUUGUUUUACAAUGACUUUCAUGCGCGUGAGCAUUGUGUUUGUUUAUUUUUUGUAGUCAAGCCUUGUCUUUCGUCCCACAGGGAACAAAAAACAAGGUUUAAAUUGUGAGUACCCACUUAGUGUUUGUUGACUAUGGUCAUCUACUGGUGCCUGUUCUUUUGAGUCAAGAAGUGUUCAAAGAUAAACUAGAUCUGGGGGGGGGGGGGGGGGGGGGGGGCACUGGGAGACAUGAAGAAACUGGUCUUGCCUCAAGUUGUACACUCUACCCUUAAAAUCUUACAAUCAGAAGUACGCUGAGGUGAGCUAAUGCAUCUCUGGAGGAGCCAAGUCCCAAUGAAUUAGCUGUUUUUCUAUGCUUCCUCUCAGAGGCAAUAGUAAUGAAGUGUAGAUGAACAAAAUGUAGCCUUAGUAAAGUAUUUUGCUCCUCAGGAGUCAUACUUAUGUAAGAUCAUUUUUCAGAUAUACAGCACCAAUGAAUAGCGAUGCUUCCAUUUAUUUUUGUCACAUCAGUUUGGGUGCAGUGUGUUUUCAUGCACUUAGAUGCAAAGUAUCAUGAAGUUGUCUCUGAUUGAAGUGCAAUCAGUCAGAUGCCCGGUUGAGAACAACAUGGCAUCAUGGGCUGGCCCUUUUGGCUUAGAUGUCGGCCAUCUUUGUUUUGCACUUUCUGGAACAGAACUGUGGUAUUAAGGCCAGAGUCUAUUUUGGCCCUCAGCCUCUUUUCUCAGCCUGCAUAGCAACUACCCCAUUUGGUGUUCAGUUAUACUCUGGGAAAUUGUGAUGACAUUUCAAAGCCAGUGUGCACUUUCUUUUCUAAAUGAACAUCAAGCGCAAAACACAUGAAGAUACAAUCAAAUACUUCCAUAAAAGGCAUUAGGUAGAAAUAAAUUAAUGCACAACUAUGUAUAUAAUUUCAUAUGUCUUAAAUUACCACAAUUUCAUGAAUUUGAUUUAUAUAAUCCAAAACAGAAAAAAGUGUAUAACAGAACAAAAGCGGAAAUAAAUGUCACUUUCCAAGAGUAAUAAAUCACUGGGUAAGUAUAAUCAAUAUACAGUAGUGAUGGCUCAUUCGCCCUAGUAGCUCCCUAAUACUGUUAAGUGGAGCAUUCAAAGUAUUGCUUUAUAAACCUAGCCAGUCCUUUCAGAUAUGCGAACACCAUAGGGAUAGGGCCAAAUGGAAGAGACUACGGACCAAAAAUUGACCAAGUGUGGCUGCACUGACUAGUCCAACCGAUGAGGUGCAGUGAUCGUGAAGGUCUGCUAGAGGUCACUGUAUAGCUGUGUUUUUGUAUUACUAUAAUUAGUCAUUCGUUUUUGUAUUUCAUCUCUGUGCAAAAUGAUUUGUAACGAAAAAAAGGAUGUUUUACCAAUUUGCAUCAGGAACAUACAAGUGCGACAAUCAGCAAAGAAAUAGAACUAGAGCAGUCUCAGGUGUACUUGUUUUUUUUUAUGUUUACAUCUGUUUGUUUUUUUACAUUGUAUUAGUUGUUUUCAACUUUGAGCGUUUCGAUCUGUUGACGAAGCUAAUCUAUGAAAGCUAUGGCUAUUGGUAACAUUCCAUCAGAGGAAAAAUGAAAACAUGUACCAUGGUUGUCUUGUUAUUAGCAGCACAUGUUCCUCUGUAGACACACUGAAAUGACCAUUGUAUGGUGGUUUGUCACCUGUUUGAAAACCAUUGCUCCAUGCUGGAUAUAUUGUCGCUUUUCUGUGUCUACCCUGGUCUGUAACUUCUGUUUCCCUUUAAGUGAGUGUGCACUAACACUAUCCAGUGAAAGUACAUUUUCCUGACACAAUAAGACAUAUUUUAAGAGACUUGCUUGCUAAUAGACAGUCUAUUUCUCAAUGGAAAUGAAGUUAUUUUACAGCAACACUAUUCUAUGGUGACAAAAAAGGCUUUGGGAUUCAGGUAAAUCGCAAAAGGAACUGUGUUCAGUGACACAGCCUAUUCCAGAUGUGAUACCGAUGUAUGUAUUAUAUUGAUAGCUGUGACAAUGCAGUUACAUUUAUUGGUAAUUUUUUUAUUUAUCAUGAUCUGAGUUUUUAUUUAAUUUUAUAUUUGUUGCUUAGGAUUUAAGUUGUGAAAAGAAGAAUGUGAUCUAAAAAAUAAACGUGUCAAAUGCUCAGAAGGAUUGGGAAUGGUUUGCUAAAAGUUUGUUUAGAUUUCAAUAUAUAUAUUUUUGUAAAUAGCCAUCAAAAUUCACUAUUAAGUUAUGGUAGUGUUAUAAAGUACAUCUACAGUUUCUAAUAAAGCAUGAAUAUGGGUAGGGCUACGUAAAUACA